AUGCAAGUCGUCGUCGUCGGCGCAACCGGAUACGUGGGAUCCACCGUCCUGCGGCACUGCCUCGCCGACCCGAGAAUCUCCAGAGUCCACGUCCUGACCAGGCGGCCGCUGGGGGACGCAGAGGCGCCCGCGGGGUCGCCCGCGAGCGGCAAGCUCUCCGUCAUUAUCAAGACGGACUGGAUGGCGUAUGACGACGAGCUGCUCCACGCGCUGAGGCACGCGCGCGCCUGUCUCUGGUGCAUCGGCGGCCGCCACACCCAGACCUCGCGCUGGCCCACUCCAGAGGAAUACCUCCGCGUCACCGUCGACUACACCGUCGCCGCCGCCGCCGCGUUCACCAGGAUGAUGGGGCUGGCCGGGCCGCCGUCGGCCGCCCCCUUCCGCUUCGUCUACUGCAGCGGCGACGCCGCCGAGCUGGUGUACAACCGCAGCCUGUGCAUCAUGGGGCCCACCAGGCGGGCCAAGGGCUGCGCGGAAAGGAACAUCUUCGACAUGGCGGACGGCAGCCACGGCGCGCUCGAGAGCAUCGCCGUGCGGCCGUGCGGCAUCUAUCCCCGGGCGCAGACCCCGUGGACCUGGUUCCUGACCACGCUCGUGCUCCCGACCUGCGAGGUGGACGAGCUGGCAGCUUCAAUGGUCGGGCUGGCCAAGAACGGGCCGGGGGCGGCGGUGGCGGCGGGCGCAGGGGAUUCCGGCAGGAUCAUCACCCAUCGGCGCAUCCGCUCCAUGGGGAGGGAGCUCCUGGACAAGCAAGAGGCGGAGCAGGCGGAGCAGGCGGCCGGCGCGUCGGCCAUGUAG